AUGACUGAAAAAUCAAAGACCACUCUCACAAGCCUUCCGUUUCCUCCCAUCACUGCUUCACAUAUCCUGAACUGCUCUUUUCAUACGUGGCAUCCGCUGUUCAGGUCUCUAACCCCCAAAUCUAGACUGGUUCCCUUGACACAGCCUUUCCUGGACUAUCUCCGUGCUGAUGGCAUUGUCUUGCCUCCAGAAGCCAAUGCUGAUGACAGUGGAUAUGAGGACGAGGAAGAAGAAAACGAGAACAUAGAUCCUUCCGACCAAUGGCUCAGUGUCCAUGAAUCUAUUCGCGAAACUAUUGAGACUCUUGGGGGCAAAGUCCUACCGAAGUUGAACUGGUCAGCACCAAAAGACGCCACAUGGAUUUCGGCAACAAACGACAUGGAAUGUCGCACACCUAAUGAUGUUUACUUAUUGCUCAAAUCCAGCGAUUUUAUCACGCACGACCUUGAACAAGCGUUCGAUGGAUGCGUGGACCAAGCCGAAAUUCCAUAUCACUUGGUUCUGCGAAAAUCUUUUAAUCUCAAUCCCUCACUCGAAUUUCGAUGUUUUGUCCGGAACAAACGAUUGAUAGCAAUCAGUCAGCGUGAGAUGAAUUACUUCGAAUUUCUCUUCGAUUUGAGGGAUUCCUUCAGAGCGAAAAUACAGGAAUUUGUUGAGAGGAUAUCUGACUUUCCUGAGUCGAACUUCGUCUUCGAUGUCUAUAUACCACCACCACAUGAGAAAUUAUGGCUGAUCGACAUUAAUCCAUGGGCUCCAAGGACUGACCCUCUACUGUUCUCCUGGCUCGAAAUACUGCAAUUACCGGAACCAGAAGCAGGUACAAUAUUCGAUCCAGAGUUCAGAUUGGUACAGCGAGAUGAUCCAGAGGCUUAUCAGUUUGCGUCUACCAAAUACAGUGCACAUAAGCUACCGAGAGAAGUUGUUGACGCCAGUAUGGCUCCUGGUGGCAUGAAAAGUAUGAUGGAGGAAUGGAAUAAAGUCAUGAAUAAGGAGCUUGGUGACUCGUCAGACGAUGAAGGUCCCUGA